AUGAAAGGUCUUGUCUUCAAUAAUCCUAUAGAAGGUGAAGGUGAAGUCACUGGUACUAAAGGGGCUAUAAUUUUUUUUAAUACGGACAUAAUUGGGAGACAAACGUUCAGUGUCAACGAGAAUAUGUAUAUUAUUAAUCCAAAAGUUGUACCAAGUUCGUUUAAAGUUGUGAAUAUUAUCGGAUCAGAUUUUGUUUUCUUGGAUAUAGACUUUCAGACAUGGAGCUCCAAAAAUACGGGCACGUUGAAGAACAUUGGGCAGCUUAAUUAUGCACUAUAUGGUCACCGUUACUGGUUAAAUCGAAUUUGUACAUUUAGCUGGACACAAACGUAUGUGAGUAAUAUUCGUAUUAUUACUUCUGAUCCUCUUUAUAAAUUCAAUGGUACUUCUAUAUUUGUGAGUGGACAUGAAGAUCAAGAGUGUUCAUCACUAUCUGAACCAAUUACCAAGACAACAUCCGUUACCACCAUGGAUUCUAUUACUAAAGCUAUUACUAUCUCAACUUUAACAACAUCUACACGCAAUCAGUACUUCCAUACCGUACCUGAAUUUAUUUAUCAAGUUGCUGUACCUCCAUUAUCUACUAUCUCCACUACUUUUGCUACAUUGGUCACCACUUCUACUUCAAUAACAUAUACCACAACUGUUACCGACACAGCAGGAUCUGUCACUGAAGAGAUUGUAGUUGUUGUUCAAACACCACCAUUAUCUACAUCCUACACAACUAUAACAUAUCCUGUUACUGCUCAACCUCAUCCACAUUCACAGCAACUGUUACCGAUACAGCUGGAUCUAAAACUGAAAAAGUUGUUGUUAUUGUUCUCGCCUCACCUCCAUCCACUUCCUACACCACUAUUACUAGUCGAUUCGCAUUUCCAAAAACAUCUACCUAUACCACCACACUUGUUGACAACAAUGGUUCUUCAUCCCCAGAAGUUGUUGUGGUUGUUGUCACCCCGCCUCCACUCACUAUCCACACCUCUACUACUUCGGACAUCGAGGAACCAACUAAUACUACCUACACUACCACAGUUCUUGAUAUUCAAGGCUCUCCAUCUCCAGAAGUUGUUGUGGUUUAUAUCAACCCAUCUCGAUCUACCUCUUACACCAUUUCUACUGCAGAUGUUACAGAACCAACCACAUCUGCCUACACAACCACCGUCACUAACAGCAACGGCUCCUCUUCUGCCGAAGUUGUUGUGGUCACACCUUCUCCAUCCACCUCCCACACUACAACUACAAGUCUAG